AGUUCAACCGACGGAUGGAAGAUGAAUCAAGCGGGACAGGAUUCAACUCGGUUGCGUUUUCAAAUGUUACUGACUUUGCUAGUUCACUUCUCUCAAGGUAAGAGCUACUUUUCAGUGAUAUUGUGCUAUGCUUUUCUAUUUUAAUUGAAGACGAAGAGGAUAUACGGUUAUUAUUAAUUCAACACUGAAAGGCAAUCAAGCGACAUGCUUUUCUUGCAACGAACACGAAAUUUUAGACAACGUGUAAAUACAACAAAAGAACAUUUUUAUAAUAAAAAUUUCGUAUUUUAAGAUUAUUUUCAUUUAUUUUCUUUUGCUUCUCCUGCUAGUUAAAGCAAGUCUCUGUCACUGGUUAAUAUUUUUUGAUUGUUAAAUAUAACCCUCUAGUGAACUGUUUGUUUUGACAUGGAUGGUUAUUUAGCGUUAAUAUUUGUUAUUCAGGAAAUAUCAAGUGCCUUCAAAACUUGAUCCGUAGAAAAAUCUUAAAUCAUAGACGUUGGAAAUGAUCGUAGUGACAAAGUUCUCCUCGAAACUCCACCAGUUUUACGGCAUCACUAACAUCUUCAAGCUGUUUCACCGCUCUGAAUCAAAUCUACUUUCGUUAUCUUAUCAUAUGCUAUUUAACUUCAGCGAAAUCCCAUUAGUUAAGGACCCGCUUCACUUUAUAAUCUUUAAUCCAAACCCAAUCGUAGUUUGUCUCGGAUUCGUCUGUUUUGAACAGCAAAAAUCACAAUAAGCACACCACUUCGAUGCUCCUCGUUACUGCAUAUGGAACUUUAAAUGGACUGUCUGUGGUCAAGAGUUAAAGUUAUUUAUCCAUAAUAUUCCAGUUCCUUCAGCGUAAAAUUCUAAGUAAGAGACAGUUAUUGUCAUGUAGUUUUAGUAUAGGUUCCUAAAAAACGUAAAAAAACGGAAAUAAACGCUCGACAAAAAUGCUAUUUAUCUAUUUAGGAGUGCAUACAGUGUCUGCCAAAGAUAACCGCCAUGCCAAUGUCUACACAGUAUGACAUCACGCCAAUUAUGUUUCCUAGAAUUAUGUUUUGGGCUGCAUUAGAUCGGGGAAGAUAUAUGAUGCGAAGUGAAUCUUAAAUUUGUAGGCUCAUCUGUAAAGAAAAAUCUCGCGUUUGAUAGCAAUAAAUAAAUGAUAAAAACUUCUUUUAUGUCUCAUUGGGAGAAAAAUAUUCUAUUUAAUGAGUAGACGGAGAGAAGGAAAUUAGUAUUGAGUUCAAAAUGCAAUUUGUAUUUAGUUGAUUUUACUUUUAAAUGAACCAAGGAUAAUUUUAGAUAUGGUUUAAUGCCCGACCUUAACAUUUACAAAGGUAUCUAAAAUGAGCGGUGACUAAUGCAUCGUACAGGUGGUCUGCCUUUUGAUAGAUCAGUUCAAUGGAUUGAUACUAAGCGCAGUACAGAGGAUAUUGAGGUGGUAAAUCAGAUUUCUAAAUGCAUUCUACAAUAAAUCGAUUAUCUCGUAAAGUUUUAAGAAAAAUUUUAAGACGACUUCUACACUUCUUCGAACUGUCGAUCUGCCAUUUGAUUGUCCUUUGGAUUGUACCGAUUUCGAAGUGUAAGAGUAAUUAGUGCGGUUGAUAAUUCGCUACAAUCUGUGGCCUUGCGUCAAUCUUUUGUUACCUUAGGUUAGAUCCACAAUGGAAAAAAAAAAGGUGAAAUCGUGAAAUUUUUCGGAUCAGUCAGGGUUUUUUUAAAUAUGAAAAUCAGCCUUUACUUAACACUUAUUUAAAAAUGUAUUAAUAUCUUAAGGCCUAGCUUAUGGAAAAUAUUCUAUCACUUUUCAGAAACUCACUCGUCAUACGACAACUACGAAGCAGUUUAUGAUCCUUUUAAUUGGACCUCGGCCUUAAGCGAAUAUCCAUUAACAUCUAAAUUUCCCUUGGCAAGGAUUGAAAAUAUAGAACAAUUAUGCGACGCUCAGGCAGAUUUGUCUCCUGACUCAGAUUUCUGGACUGCUCUAAAACUCAAUAUCUGGGAUUCGCUUCAAUGGGGUCCUCUACCGAACAACUCAGCCAACGUAUCCCUAGAGCUUCUGGACAGAACAAAGCCCGUGGAUCGUUGUUAUGCCAUAAGUAAAUCUGCGAUGAAGCUGAAGUCUAUGAACUGCAGCUGUGUACUCCCUGUUUUAACUUCUUACAGUGGUGAGGUGUACCAAUCUUUAUCAAUAUUUAGAUAAUUUUUCUAAGUGCGGCUUUCCUACGAAGAUGUUUUUCUGUACCGGUAUCAAUUCCGUUAAGAAUUCCUAUCUGCUCAUUCCAAUAUCCCAAAAGAAACCUUGACCUGACAUUUUUGUAAAUUUGGGACCCGUUAAAUUACCAUAAUUUGCGUUCGUUUUCACCACUCUUUUAUCAGCUAAUGUAUUGAAAUUUAAAAAAUAAAACGUUGCGUGUUAUUCACUUCUGGGAGCUAAAGGAUUACAGCGAGGUGUAGCAAGCAAAACACACCCCAUUACUAAUCAUUCAUUUUUGUUUUAUAAUUAUAGAUAAUUCAAGUCAGAACGAGAAGCCAGAUUAUUCAGAUGAUUGCCGCCAAUAUCUGGUAAAUAAAGAUCAUGGUAUAUUCGGUGGCUUUGUGUAUUCGCGAACGAAGAUUUACCAAUAUAUGCGUUUAAUUCAUAAGUUCACUCCAGUGAAACAUUUUCUCUUUCUUUCUCUCAUGCAGCUUUCACAGUGCUCACGAAAUAAAGAAACUCGUAUAAAAUUGCAGGUAAAAUAAAUCCAUACACUUGCCCCCAACCAAAUAGAGCAUCAUCUGUAAUUUCAAUUUAAGCAAACUGUCUUAAGACAGCUGGUUGUAUUUAGUAAAAUUAAUCCUUUAACUGCUCAUGCUUCCCCCGUUGCAUCAAAGGCGUUACAAUAUUCAUGGUCUUGUGAAGAGCAUCAUGGUGCAUUGAUUCUUAGCUGCCAAAUCGAGGUCAAACUCCUGAACUGCUGCCAAACCUAUUGUAGAGAAGGGAAUGCUAUUUAUUUCAUAGAUAUGGGAUCAGGUUUUGGUAAGUACCUAUUGUGUCAACAUGGGUCGUAAUUUCUGUAUCAUUGAUAAAAAUGAUAUGGUUUAGUAAAAACAUACGACAUGAAAAGAAAUAGGAAGUCCUCUUCAAUAAACCCGUCAGAUUUUAAGUCAAAUAUUUCUGAAAAUCUUCUUAAUCAUUCGGUUGCUUAAGAUCAAAUUCCGAGACGAUUGCUGCCAAAAUAAAACCUAUUUUUUUUGUCUUGAAAUGGGUUCCAAAAUGGUGGCUGUCAAGAUGGCCCCCAUCUUGGAGGACGUCAUGAAUUCUGUAGCGUCAUAGCCCACGAUAAAAAGCUUAUUUGGUAAAGUUAGUCGCUCUCUUUGUACUAAUUUUCUAAUUUUUCUCCUCUGAAAUAUCAUAGAUACUAAGUUGAGAAAAGUGCCCAAAGGAAUUUCCACUGAUAUUGAAAUAAGUUUUGAUACAAAUAACAACAGCAGCGAAAGCCGAUUGGUCAGAAUUAUUAUAACCCACAAAGUGUUUAAAGACGCAGGUAAAUAUUGGGGUUUCUUCUGAGCGCUAACAUUUAUGAUCAGCUGGUGUUUAAAAAAUAGCGAAGUUAUUGUUUGUGUUCAGUAAGCAAACUUUUACUUACGUAGUAUUUAUUGUUUUUUUUGCCAUUCUUCAAGGAAGGGUUAUCGCAGUAUUGUUGCACCAGAAGGCAAGUAAUGAAGACAGCCUUUGGACUUAUAACAGAAGCAGGUACGAAUUUUUUAGUUCAGAUGAACCCAUUAAGUGUAUGUUAAGAGAAUCCUUUCUGGAUGAGUGGAAAAUUACUGUUUGAAUUGUUUGUUCUUCAAUAGCGACUCAAGGGAGGGCAUAAAUGGGAGGAGAUUUUCAUGUGCUAAAACCUUACCGAUACCGGUAAACAGCACUUUAUAUUUAGAAAUCUCCUUUAAACUUUAGGUUUUCAGUUUGCAAAUUAACGUUUUCAGAUUCUUGGGGGGAAAAUGUCAGGAAAUGGUCAGGCAAUGUCUGGAUAUAUACUCAUAUAAGAUUAGCUAGUGAUGUGAUCGAGCGUUUUUUUGAUCGAGUGUCGUAAAACUAAAACCAAAAAUACCCUUUAGUAACCAAUAAGAACUCGAACAAAAACCAAGAAAGCUGCCCAAUUCAACUUAAGGGAAAACGCAGAGGACAAAAUAAUUGUUGUUAUUAGUUUUCUGUGCGAUUGUUUGAGAGAGUGAUGCAAGUUUUCCAGAAAAAUCACAAUGCAGAGCGAAGCAAAAAUAUACAAUCCCGGAUUGGAUAUUUGACACUCAACUUCUCUAAUAAUCACACAAUUUUGUUAUGUUGUCUUUGUAGCUACAGACUGAUCUCUGAUGUCGUGGGAGUUGUUCUUGACCCUCCCCAGAAUGAAACUAUUCAAAAUAAAAUCAUCAUUCAUUUUAGUCACAACGAGGUAAAAUAAACUAUAUUGUUUUUUGAAGCAAUUAUCAGCUAAGGAAUUAUGAUUGUAACUGGGCUUAGAUGGAAAAACUAGUAUAAUUCAUCACGUGGACCAUUUCACAUCAUAACGUCAUUACACUUCUUUCGCCGAUAGCCGAGCAUUGAUCCAAAAGCUGUUGAAAGGAAAUGUGUCUUCUGGAUGGAGGAUUUCAGGUAGGUCAUUUUGAUUAUUCCAUCAAUCUGUUUGUAUAUAUAUCUAUAUACUUUUUUACAUUAGGUGCUCGUGAAAGUUCUUUAUUUUUUUCUUUGCCUCUUUCUUUCUUUCUUAUUCAAAUUUUAUGAUCAACUGAUUUUUAGCUCGUCGAACGGUUCAUGGUCAACUGAUGGUUGCACAGUACUGAAUGAUUCUUCGAUGCUAUCGACCGUUUGCAGUUGUAACCACCUUACGAAUUUCGCAGUUCUAAUGCAAUACAAGGACAUUAAGGUGUGAUGUUAUAAACGUUCUUUUCAAUUGUCUUAAUUAGCUUUGUCGGGAACUAAGAAAAAAAGUAUGUGCGUCGCUUAUGCACAUCCUCCUAAGGUUAUUUGUCGUUCCCGUGAUUGCGUCUCGAAUUUUUUUUGGCAUUUUCUAAGCUUAUUGCAUUCUCCCCCUUUAUUCGUUUAUGGAAGGACUAAUCAUAUAGAAAGUUCCAUGUUUAACGAAGUCAUAACUUGUUAAUCAUAAUUUCCAAACCAGUUUCCAAUUUUUAUCUCAUUUUCGUGAUUCUCAGGAGGAUAACAUACCACCAGAGCACAGAAGGGCAUUGCUUACCAUCACUUAUAUUGGUUGCUCCUUGUCCCUCGUUGGGGAAGUAAUGGUUAUCUUCGUCUACGUGACAUUUAUGUGAGUACUACUAAAAAACAAAAAACAAAAGCAAAAAAAGAGGAAAAAAUGUCUUACCUAUACAUGAGAGCAAGGUAAAUCUCAAGAUUCGUAAAUUACUAUCAAAGUGCGAGAAAUAUUAUUUUGCAGAACGCGCUAGUUGUCUGGUUUUGUUUUGUUUCUAAAAAAAUUUGUUUUAAGACGAGAUUAGUAAUUGAGGAACCAUUGCACCAAAAUCUCUCUUUUUUUUCGGCUGAAGUUGAGGUAUUUUGACACAAAAAUACCUACUAAAAUCAACUUUUAAACAUCUUUCAUAGUAAUGAAAUACAAGCAGAGAACGACCCAAUAAUAUAUUACAAACUACAUAGGCACCUUUCUUCCAUUCCCCCCCAGUAGCGUUUGCUCUAGACUACUAGGUGAUUGCGAGGAAAAAUGUCAUGCCCAUUUCGUUUAUUGAAUGCAUUUAAACAGGAAGAUCAAAGACGAAGGAAUCCAAGUCAGGCUAAAUCUUUGCACAGCUCUGUUUCUCGCUCAACUAGUAUUUUUGUCCGGAAUCGAUGCCACGAGUAAUAAGGUGAGCUAACAAACGUUUGAAAUCACAUGUUUCCUCGUUCUUCGUAAGCGAGGAACAACGGUGUUCCCUAAAUGGCCGUCUGCCCAAGGUGAUCACUACUGAGAUAGCAUCACGUAAUUCCCGUUUCGAAAACCAAUCCUCUCGAAUCUCUCCAGGAUAAAUUGAGCAUCCCAUACGGCGGUGUAUGUACAACAUUGAGAGAGAGUUUCUACUAGAAAUUUCAAGACAUGUUGUCGCUAGAUAGUUGGCUCUCGUUACUUCAGUCUACACUAUUGCGUAUUUCUAAAAGACGAUCGAGUUCCCUUGUCCGGAACCAAUUUUGGUCUAAGAUUUCUAUGAAGUACUCAGUCUCUUGGCCUGAUAUUUACUCGGAGCCUCUAAUUAUCAGCCUACUUCUGGGUCUCACAUUUCAGUCCGUGUGCAUCUUAGUGGCUGUUUUACUCCAUUACUUCUAUCUGGCAGCGUUUGGGUGGAUGCUUCUGGAGGGAGUUUUCCUGUACGUAAUGAUUGUUGAGGUAUUCAACACAGUGGACAUGCGAUACCUCUAUUUCUUUGGCUGGGGUAAGAAAUGUAACAAUAUCAUUGCUACGGUGAUGAAAAUAUUGACAAUGAUAUCAACUUAUCUACAAAAUAUCGCACCAGUCAUUAUUAGCUACAAUUGAAAAGAGGGAUAUUACUUGGUAUAGCUCUAGAAAGCGAUGCAUAUUUCACGUGGAAGAGAAUACUGAGGCCAGUGCAACCACUGCAACGCAUGAUAGGAACGGGCCUUCUUGUAUUCUGGUUGACCGUAUUUUGUCUGUUGUUGUUAUUUUACUUUUGUUGUUGUUGUUGUUAUUGUUGUUGUUAUUUUUUCGUUGUUAUUGCUUUUGGAGUGCUCCCUGAACCUGUUGAGCUGAUUUUUAUAUUUUAGACUCUUGUAGGCCUAUGUGUUACUGAGUUAUUGAGCUGCUUUCAUUCUUAUCCUAUAGGUUUCCCUAUCAUACCAAUAGUUAUUUCUCUAAUAAUUGGCUCGAGCGGUGAAAAAGGACUUGAGAGUUACACAAAUGAAAACUUGUAAGUACUCAGCGUUUUAUUCUUCAUUAUAACUCCUUAUUUUCAUUAGAUAAUGACUCAUAAGCUGCGUUUUUAGACAGCUCUGUCGUCUGAAUUAACUUUCAGCUGCUGGUUGUCCUUCCAGAAGCGUUUGAGCUGGGCCUUUAUUGUCCCUGUGUUAUUUGUGACAAUUGUAAGUCCACCGUCUCUUUGCUUUCACUGUUAUCUUAGCUGAUAGCCGGAAAUGACAAACACGAAGAAUGCAUAAAUGAAUAAAUGAAAGAGGAAAUCAAUAAAUGACAGAAUUAAUGAAUGCUACAUCAUUUUCUGACUGACUGACUAACUGGCUAGCUGACCGACUUAGUGACACAUCUAUUAUGAUUGCCCUUUAGACAAUUGGUAAAAGUCUUUAUUUUGCUAUUCUCGUUUGUUAAGAUCAACUUUGUAAUACUCAUGGCGGUGUUGCGAGAAAUCAGAAAUCUUCAUGAGCUUAAUCCUUCUAAAAUGAAGACCUUCAGGUAUGUUUUUGUUAGGAAGAUCUCUCCUUGGAGUUCCAGAGGCAAAAUGCCACCCAAUGAUCAUUUUUCUUCAAAAUAUGCCUUCUCUUUUACUUAUAGAAAUGAAAUACUAACUUUCUAGCAGAAUUAUGAACUUGUGCUCGUACAGCUCUUAAAUUUACCUAAAUCAAAGGUUAAUCAGCUAGGAGAUCUGUUUGUUGUUGUUGUUGUUGUUUUUUUUUAUGAAGUCUUAGAUGAAGUAGUUUGACAUGAAAUCGUUUUGUCUUUUUUCCUUGGACCUUCAUGGAUUAUUCGCAAAAGAGAAUCUUUUCCAUUAUUCACUCAAGAUUAAAUAGAUAGUUCGAACGAUUUCUCUUCCAACUGAAUAAUUUCCCAUGCCAAAUGUAUAUGGCAUGGUAUAUCUUCAGAAGAAAAUUGUAACGUGAAAGCAGUUUUUCGUUUUAUUCCCUUUUAGAAAAACUCUGAAGUCAUUUCUUAUUUUAAGUCCUCUGCUGGGUUUAACGUGGGUAUUUGGUCUCUUGGCUGUAACAGACGCAGGAUUAGUGUUCCAGUAUGUUUUUACCAUUCUUAACUCUACGCAGGUCUGUACCAAUUACGUAUACGCAUGUCUCUUUGGUCAAAUGGGUCUGGGUCUGAGUAUAAGAGGGCUCUGGCCGGGGAAAACCAUUUUAAUCCCACACUUUAUUUAUCGAUUUGGAUCACGAAGCCUUCUGUUAAGAAAACAGUAUGUUUAUUUCAUCGGAUUAAAAAUUAAAUUUAUACAAGGAAUUAUAGUUCAAUGACGGAACUUUGUCAAACGCAAGAUUUCCUUUUACUUUUGUAGGGUAUGCUCAUAUUUCUCUUGCACGUGCUGAGAAACAGUGAAGUUCGUGCAGCUUUCCGUCACAAAAUGCUGAAAUGGAGAUUCAACACAUUUCACAGGAGCUCUUCCGGUCGUAGUCAGGCAGAGGUGUAUGCACAGUACGGUGGCCAGCGGAAGCGGCAAAUAGACCCUGAAGAAACUAAAAAGGAGCUGAGUCAUAACACAACAUCAGGAGAGCAGAUAGCAUUUAUCACAAGGCUACCUCCUCCGAGCGUUCACUAA